AAUAAGAUUAGAACAAAAGAAAACCAAAAACCAAAAACUCUUCUUUUCUCUCUCUCUCUACCUCUUGAGGUAGGAAACGGGAAAUUUUUUGUGUGAUUCACUGAAAACCCUAAUUUUUUUCUUUUAUUCAUUUGGGGAACUGGGUUUUUGUAGGGAAUGCAGAGAGAUGAGAGGAGCUUGGGAAACAAAGGGUGAAUUGUGUUGCCGUGCUAAACGGUGUAUCGGCGGCAGAAAUUGCCACCGGAAACACGUAGAGGACGGUUGAUCCAUUCACCGCCGUCUUCCAUUACAAUAAUAAUCUCCCAAUUCUGUAUUCUAAUCUCUCUUUGUUUAUAAAAUAGUUGGUUCCUAUAUUUCAGCAAUGUCUGUCGAAAGAACAAGCAGCGGUAACAAUAACCUCCUCAACGGUAGAUACGACCUGGGCCGGUUACUCGGCCACGGAACUUUUGCGAAGGUCUACCACGCGCGUAAUUUACAGACGGGGAGGAGCGUGGCCAUGAAAGUUGUCGGGAAGGAGAAGGUUAUAAAAGUCGGAAUGAUGGAGCAGGUUAAACGAGAAAUCGCAGUGAUGAAGAUGGUGAAGCAUCCCAACAUCGUGGAAUUACACGAAGUCAUGGCGAGUAAAUCUAAAAUCUAUUUCGCCAUGGAACUGGUUCGAGGCGGCGAGUUAUUUUCAAAGAUUGCUAAAGGAAGAUUGAGGGAAGAUGUUGCUCGAGUUUAUUUCCAACAGUUGAUUUCCGCAAUUGAUUUCUGCCAUAGCCGUGGCGUUUACCACCGCGAUUUGAAGCCGGAAAAUCUCCUCCUGGACGAAGAGGGUAAAUUGAAAGUUACCGAUUUUGGUCUGAGUGCUUUUGCUGAGCAUUUACGGCAAGAUGGGUUACUGCAUACGACUUGCGGUACUCCGGCGUAUGUGGCGCCGGAGGUCAUCGGAAAGAAGGGUUAUGAUGGAGCUAAAGCAGAUCUCUGGUCUUGCGGUGUUAUUCUUUAUGUUCUUCUCGCCGGUUUUUUGCCGUUUCAAGAUGAUAAUAUUGUUUCUAUGUAUAGAAAGAUUUACCGCGGUGAUUUCAAAUGUCCGCCUUGGUUUUCACCUGAAGCUCGCAGAUUGGUGACGAAGUUGCUGGAUCCGAAUCCGAAUACCCGUAUUACAAUCAAUAAGGUUAUGGAUUCAUCCUGGUUUAAAAAAUCAGUGCUUAAAUCUGUUCGGAGUAAGCAGGAAAUGGAAUUCGACGCUUUCGACGGUAUGAAAACCGGAGAUAAACUAAAACAGUCGGAGACUCUGAAUGCGUUUCAUAUCAUAUCUUUAUCGGAAGGGUUCGAUUUGUCGCCGUUGUUCGAGGAGAAAAAGAGGGAGGAGAAAGAAGAGCUGAGAUUCGCGACGAUGAGGCCGGCGAGCAGCGUGAUUUCGAGACUGGAGGAGGUGGCGAAGGCCGGGAAAUUCAGCGUGAAGAAGAGCGAAACGAAGGUGAGGAUGCAGGGUCAAGAGAGUGGAAGGAAAGGGAAAUUGGGUAUAGCGGCGGAGAUAUUUGCGGUGACGCCGGCGUUUUUAGUGGUGGAGGUGAGGAAAGAUAACGGUGAUACUUUGGAAUAUAAUCAAUUCUGCAGCAAUGAGCUGAGACCGGCGCUUAAGGACAUUGUAUGGACAUCUCAUGCUGAUAAUCCUACGCUUGUUUAAAUUGAACAUUGAGAUGAUGAUGAUGAUGAUGAUGAUGAUCGGAUUGUUUAUAAUUUUAAUUGCUUGUUGUAUGUUACUAUUAUUGAAUUUGAAUUGAAAUUAAGUGGUGUGUACAAAAUUGGAUGAUUGA